AAAAAUAAAUAAUCACAUGCACCAUUGCAACACAUUUGCCAGUUCUGUGCAAUGAAUAUUUUCUACAAUAAAUCCGGUUUCAGAGGGGUGGCCAUUGAGUCAUCCAGCAGAGGAUAUUAGCACAAUGGGAUUCUUGUUCACCCCACAACAUGAUUGGUCAGGAGAAAGGUUUACAGCUCCGAUUGCAGUGUCUGUGAGGGGGAAUAAAUACCCCCAAAUCCACUGGGAGACCGAAGACCUCUCGUUCAGAAGUGACCAGAGGUUUUCUGUGUUUUUUUUUUUAAAUCUUUUUCUUUGUUUUGUGUAGUGCCACAGCAAGCAGGAAACAUGGUCAGCCGAUUUGAACACCCAGCUGGUGGCUACAAGAAGAUUUUUGAGACAUGUGAGGAGCUGUCUGAGCCUCUUCCAGCAACAGUCACAGGAAGGAUUCCCUCAUUCCUGAAGGGAAGUCUUCUUCGUCUGGGACCUGGACUUUUUGAGGUUGGAGAUGAACCGUUCUAUCACCUCUUUGAUGGCCAGGCCCUCAUGCACAAAUUCGACUUCAAGAACGGCCAGGUCACUUAUUUCCGAAAGUUUGUCAGAACAGAUGCGUAUGUGAGAGCCAUCACAGAGAAGCGUGUGGUGAUCACUGAGUUCGGCACUUUUGCAUACCCUGAUCCCUGCAAAAACAUUUUCUCCAGGUUUUUCUCUUACUUCAAGGGCGUUGAGGUCACAGACAACUGCCUGGUGAACGUUUACCCUGUUGGUGAGGAUUUUUAUGCCGUAACAGAAACCAACUACAUCACUAAAGUAAACACCGACACCUUGGAGACACUGAAGAAGGUUGAUAUGUGCAACUAUGUCAACAUUAAUGGAGUAACAGCCCACCCUCAUAUUGAGAGAGAUGGGACCGUGUACAACAUUGGAAACUGCAUGGGAAAAGGAGCAACACUGGCCUACAACAUUGUCAGGAUUCCACCCACACAGAAAGAUAAAUCUGAUCCAAUUGAGAAGUCCAAGGUGGUGGUGCAGUUCCCCAGUGCUGAGAGGUUCAAGCCUUCCUAUGUGCACAGCUUUGGCAUGUCAGACAACUACUUUGUCUUUGUGGAGACUCCAGUGAAAAUCAACCUGCUGAAAUUCCUGAGCGCGUGGAGCAUCCGAGGCUCCAACUACAUGGACUGCUUCGAGUCCAACGAGAGCCAAGGAACCUUGUUUCACAUUGCCAAGAAAGACCCAGGAGAGUACAUUGAUCACAAGUUCAAAGGGGCAGCCAUUGGCAUGUUUCAUCACAUCAACACUUUCGAGGACCAAGGCUUCAUCGUUGUUGACCUUUGCGCAUGGAAAGGUUUUGAGUUUGUUUACAACUACCUCUGGUUGGCCAACCUGAGAGCCAACUGGGAGGAGGUGAAGAAGGCGGCCAUGAUGGCACCACAGCCGGAGGUCCGCAGAUAUGUUAUUCCCUUGGACAUCCACAAGGAGGAGCAGGGUAAGAACCUUGUCAGCCUGCCAUACACCACAGCUACAGCGGUGGUGCACGCUGAUGGAACGAUCUGGCUGGAACCAGAGGUGCUGUUCUCUGGGCCUCGCCAAGCCUUUGAGUUCCCUCAGAUCAACUAUGAGAGGUAUGCAGGGAAGAAUUACACUUAUGCCUAUGGGCUGGGUCUCAACCAUUUCAUCCCAGACAGGAUCUGCAAGCUGAAUGUGAAGACCAAGGAGACCUGGGUAUGGCAAGAACCAGACUCCUACCCGUCAGAGCCCCUGUUUGUUCAAACUCCCGAUGGGGUAGAUGAGGAUGAUGGAGUACUGCUGACCAUUGUGGUAGCUCCUGGAUCCCAGAGACCAGGAUACCUCCUCAUCCUCAAUGCCAAGGAUCUGUCUGAGAUCGCUAGGGCGGAAGUGGAGUGCAGCAUUCCUGUCACCUUUCAUGGGAUGUACAAACCCUAAUGAUGCAUUUCCCAGGGCUGUCAACAGCAAGCGGUCAUUUCAGCAUAAUCUACUGCCACUCAGGUUUAAAAACAGGACAAAUCAUGACUAAAUGUUAUCAUCUUGUCAAGAAAAACAAAUGUUUAUCAGCCAAAAUUGUUUGUGUGCUCUUAUAUGCAGCCAAUUGAAAUACAAUUAUGUGAAUUUACAUUCUUUUUUGAGUGUAGUUGCUCUGUCCCAACUCUAUAUUGUUGGCAUUGGUUUAAUUAGAAAAAAAUACAUAUUUGUUCACACACUGUGAAAUUUUAAUGGUUGGAAAAAUAAAUUC